ACAUUAAUAUCGCAUAAAUUGCGUUACAUUCUCGAGUUUCUUUUUUAUAAGCAACAUUUUAAAUUGCAGUUAAAUCACUAUGUCGCAUCCCCAUCAAAAGACUCUCAACGAGAUUGGCCAACGUAUCAUGGCCAAGCUUAAAGAACGCGAUAUUGAGCCGGACGCGAAAUUUGUCAAGUUUAUGGUGCAUCUCUUGGUGCGCGACAUGCGACGUGGUCUGCUCAAGACUGACCUACAAGAUCCCAGCAAGUGCAAAUUGAAUCAAUUCAUUGGCGACAUUGUCGCUGGCUAUUUGAAUCCUAAUGACACAACAAUGGCCAAUCUACGCAUGUCGUGGAUUAUGAAGACGGGUUAUGGCAUUCAAUUAUCCUUUGUGCAAGAGCAGUAUGAAUUGAAGUUUCAGCAGGAACUCAAGCUGCUUAUACACGACAUUCUACAGUAUCCGGAGACGAGCACCAAGCUGCAGCUGGAUCAGCUAUUUGCCAAAAUGCAGGUCUUUAUUGUGGCCAGCUAUCAUCUGGGUUCGCCCAAGAACCAUGUGCUUCUGAAGCUAACGGCACAGGCUCUAAACAGUGUGAUUGGACGCAGUGAUCUGCAGAACUAUGUGCUCAAGAAGAAGUAUCACCGACAGGAGUAUCUGCAGCGACUGGCGGCCACGGUGGCGGGCAUUGUCAUCUACAACAACGACGGACCCGACGGAGAUCGCGAGAAUGUGCGAUACGUCAUCUGUGAUCUGGAGAUGGCGCAGCGCAAUACUUCGACCGUUUUUGAAAAGUUGCUGGAACGUAUGGAUAACAUGAGUGGCAACUGUCAGCGCGCCAUUAGCAAGCAAUUGAAGUUCAGCAACCAGGACACGACGCUGCACUAUCAAGUGCCGCUAGAGCAAUUGCAGCGCAUCAAUCAAUUUACAAUCACAUUCAUAAUGCUGCAUCGUUGUCUGACGACGCUGAGGCUAAGCUAUGAGCAUACUGCGUAUUUGAUUGGUGUGGAAAAGGAACGCUAUGACUGUGUGGUGGCCAAGAUUAACGACACAUUGGCCAUGCGCACGGCCAUCGACUCCGAACUGGUCUUCCCACACUUUGUGUACUUGUCCAAGGUGUGGAGCAAUCUGAAUCAUUAUUUCAAUCACAUUGUGGAGCUGAAUAAGCUGUGCGAACAACUGGAGAUGCAAGUGCCCAACUCAAUGGACGAACGGGCAUUGGAAAUAAUUGAGGAGAUUCAAGUGAUGGCGCAUCGCCGCCACAAGCCACAUCAACGCAGCUACGAUGAGUGCAUGGCCGCCUUGAAUGAGUUCCGCACCGACGGCAAUUUCUGUACUCUGGCCCAGGCGGACAUCAAGGACUUCUGCGGGCUAUCGCUGGCUGUGACGAAUGGCCUGUUGCUGCCGGCAAAAGUGCAACGAAAGCUUUGCAUGAAUCUGGACAUUAAGUUCGGCUUUCAAGAUCAGACAUAUGCGCGCAUUGGCGAAGUUAGCUUUGAGCACUUCAUUGCCGCCUUUAGGCAGGCAAUCUUCAACAAUGCCAAUCUUUGUCUGCUCUUCAAGUUAGACGACAUUCUGAUUGCCAAGGAAAUGCAGCCAAAAGCUGUGGAGCCGCCGUUGAAAAAGGAUUUUCAGGGUCAAACAGAAUUGAUGAUUGAGAACGAUUUGUCGCCAUCGAACUGGAUCAAUGUGACGUGGAAUGCCUGGGACUAUCAUCGCGAGACCAUUCAUCUGGCUGGCAUACGCAAGUGUCAGACCCGCGAUGCCCAAACUAAGGUCAGCUAUGGCCAACGCAAUGCUCAAUCUCAGGCCUAUAAUACAAGGCAUCAUAUGUGAACUGAACUUGCCUUUCUU